GCGUCGUUCGUGUGUUUUGUGCGUUUACAACACUAGCGCCAUUCUAUAGACAUCGAGAGGUGAUUCGAUUUCACGAACUAAUACUGGCAGCGCGAAGCGGUCAGUACGUGUGCCAUUCUGCACCGAGAAAUGGAAGCCGACGAGACGCGUUCGAACAAUACGAGCGUAAGCACGUUGAUGAUGUACGAAGUCGUGUGUGAGGAUACAGUGACAGCUGUGGACAGGUACGCGUUUUAAAUCUGUUAUGAUUAAAAACGUACCAAGUAAAGCCGGUCAUCGACCAGCUGUGAAUUCAAGGAAGAGAUCGUUGUAAACGCGCGUGUCGAAAAUUUUGUGCGUUUUAAUUUGUCGGUUUGUUACGCCUAGUCGAAAUCGUAUUACCGAAAAGAGUCUUACCGAAAAAAACAGUGCGUGUAAGAACCUUUUUGGAUACUACCUGACAAGAUGUGGUGUCUCGUUAGUCAAGCUAAUUCUGUCAUUCUUGAGGUACAAGUCGAUCCCAAAGCUAUUGGUCAGGAGUGUCUCGAAAAGGCAUGCGACUGUUUGGGCAUUAGCAAGGAAUGCGACUACUUUGGGCUGAAGUAUCAGAACGCGAAGGGCGAGGAGCUCUGGUUGAAUCUGAGGAAUCCUAUAGAGAGGCAAACAGGCGGCGGUGUGGCCCCGCUGAGAUUCGCAUUGAGGGUUAAGUUUUGGGUACCGCCUCACCUGUUGCUGCAAGAAGCUACCAGGCAUCAAUUCUACUUGCACUCUCGCCUCGAGCUCCUCGAAGGUAGGCUAAAAGUGGCGGAUUGGAGUUCGGUGGUGCGUUUGGUUGCUUGGAUAGCGCAAGCUGAUAUCGGUGAUUAUGAUCCACUUUCGCCACCGAACGCGCUGUACUCGCAAUGCUGUCAAAUUCAACCUGUGGAACGGUGCGAAUCGAAACCGCAGGAUCUUAUUCACCGGAUAGUACAACAACACAAAGAAAUGAAGGGAAUGAAACCUUCCACGGCGGAAUAUUGGCUGUUAAAAGAGGUAUCUAAUUUGGAUACGUUCGGCCAGGAGAUGUUUCACAACACUAAAUUUGGGUACAACGGGGUGUCGAUGAUCGGAGUCGGGCCGCAUGGUAUCACGGUUUAUCGUAAUCGAGACGAAGAAACGCAAAACAUACCGUACACAGCGAUACAGAGUGCAACGUCCCAACGUCGAAUGUUCCAUUUGGUUUAUCUUUCCCUCGAUGGCGAGGAGACAUCGUUAAAUUUCAAAUUAGAUUCGAGUCAAUCCGCCAGCGGAUUGUAUCGCGCGAUCACCGAGAAGCAUGCGUUCUACAGUUGCGAAACAGUGAGGAGCGCGGUUACCGCCCAAUUUAUACGCGACUUGAAGGGCACUAUAAUCUCGAUAUUCAACGAGGAUUCGACGUUAGGAAAGAAAUACGUGUUCGAUAUCCGUAGAACGUGCCGAGAGGUGUACGACAACGCGCGACGAGCUUUAUACUGCGAGGCUGCGACCGUUACUUUGCCAGAGGAGAAGGAAAUUUUGGAGAAACACGAUUGCGGGGAUUGCGAGGAGCCCAAAUGCAAGGAAUCUCGAGAAUGUCUAGCAAAAUUAUUGGACGCGAUGCUAUGCCGCAUUUGCAUGGAUCGCAGUUUCGACACCGCCUUGUUUCCGUGCGGGCACGCGGUCGCGUGUUUGGAUUGCGCCAGACGGUGCGAACGUUGUCCCCUUUGUCGAGCUGAUAUCGACCAUUGUCGGACGAUAUAUCUUCCGAUCGAGUUAACCCACGUCGAUAAGCACAAUCCAAAAUUGCUCUCGGAAUCCAUCGAGCCUAGUUACAGUAACUCUUCUGCGGAGGAGAUUCAAAAGAGAAUUUUGGCAACUGAAAGCUCGAUGGUGGUAAACAGUAAUGAUAUUUGAGAGCGUCGCCAUACCAAAUUCGAUACUUUUCAAAAGUUCUUCUUUAAAAUUUUCGCUUGUCAGGUUGCGAAAACAUUGCAUUGAGUUUUACUCUUGUAUACUUUCUCUACCUCUUUUGCUAUCUAUAUAUAAUUAUUUUUAUUAUUUGUCUUUUAAAUUUGUUAUUCUUCUCUUCUUUUAAUCUACGUUAACUGAGAAGAUUGAAUUAUUUUUCUUUUCAAAGCGUGUUGGAAACAUCAAAUAAUCAUUUUCUUGCUCUAUUUUGAGUUAUUGUUAUCUAUACUGAAAAAAAAAGAAAAAAAAAAUCAUUAUUUUCCGGACAUUGUGAAAUGUUACGCAUUUCCGCAGCAAUGAAAGAAUCAUUCAUUCUUCUUAUUCUAUUAUUGAAUUUUUUCCUUUUCUUUGCUUAUUGCUUUUUUAAUAUUAUAAAAAUUUAAAUAAUUCGUUAAAACUGUGAUGAAGAAACGCGAGUUCGUUGAUAAUGUUCAUGAAAUUAUAUUAAUAGGAUUCCAUUUAUUUGAAUAUAUUUAGGAUAAACAGUUCGUGUAAGUAGAAUUUAAAUUAAAAAACGAGAUUUAAAUAUGAUAAAAAUGAUAGAAUUUUUCAUAUUCAAGUAAGUGAAUUCAAUCAGGCAGGAAUUCACAAAUAAAAAUAAAUGGAAUCCUAUUAUAUUAUCGUUUAGACAUUUAUCCAACUAUUUAUAACAAUAUUAAAAUGUUAAUAAUAAUGUUAUUGAUACUUCUUAAUUGAAUAACAACGAUUAUCGAUACUAUUUUUUAAUUGUGCGACCGAAAAGUGCUAUUAGCAGCAUUGAUCUUUGAAAAACAAUGCUGCUGUUAUUUUCAAGAAAAAGUAGUACAAUUCAUUUUAUUGAAAAAUUUAAUGCACCGUAUAUAGAUUUCUUUUUAAUGACAAUCGGACCAACUUUUUUUUCCUUUUAAUUAACAGUUGUUUACGAUACUUCUUGAUACUUUUGUUCCUCUUAGAUGUAGUUAAUGUAUAUUCUUUUUUUCUUGUAUGUUUAAACUUUCACUUAGAUAUAACGUCGGGGCAUUGGGGUGAAGAUUUUUUUAUUAAAACCAGUGACCCUAACGUGACUGUAUUUUUAAUAUAAUGUACGUUAUUCAUUAUGCAUAUGCAGAAUCGUUUACAAAACGACUGCUAUAAUAUUUCUUUUUAUAGAGGAUGUUUCAUUUAAAAGGAACUUGAAUCUCAAAUCGUUUGACGUUACACCCUUUACUCCAUAGUGCAAUGAAGUUUUGUUUAUUGAAAUGAAGAAUUGUUUAUAAAUAAAAAAAAUUAAUAUUUUUACAAUUAUGUUCUUACUAAUAAUAUAUUUAUAGUUAUGUACUUCGAUGAAUCAACUACAACGGAUAACGUAUUAAAAAUCGUUCCUUUUCUGAAGCAUCUUGUACAAGAAGGAAAACUUGUUACGGUAAUAUCUGUUUAUAUGUACAUAAGAAAUGAGAUAACCCACGAUAGGGUCAAGCGACUAAAGGUCACGAGCUCACCAAAUGUCAAAUCUGAUUUAUCAAACUCAGUGCAAAUCAUGUUUUAAGUAAGAGAGACGUAAUUAAAGAAAUACAUAUUUAUAUAUAUUGUAUAAUAUGUAUUUAUAUAUACAUUUACAUAUAUAUGUAUAUAUAUAUACAUAUUAAUCGAUGUAUUUUACAUGCAAGAGAUAAUUAACAUGUUAUCGAUGAUAGUUCGUUUCCAAAGGAGUACAUGAAAAAAGGCUGUUUCCGUAUCGAAAGAAAAAAGAAUGAAAAUAUUAUUGUAUUAUUUAUAUUA